UAUGCUGACAUUGAGAUAACAUGCUGGAAUAUUAACAGUUAAUUUAACCAUAGGUCGGAUUUUUGUGCAAAUUUUUGAGUCUCUCAUUUGAUUUUUGUUUAUGAAAAAUAUUUAAAAUUUAUAUCAUAUAUAUGCAUAUAUUAUAUGGUAAUGACUGGUAUACUUCAAGAGUACAGUAUACUCCAGGUGAUCUGACCGUUAGAUGUGUGCUUCGAUGAGUUCCGACCAAUCUCAACGGUCAAUUAUUAUUUUCUAUUAAAUUGAACUUCUCGGGUUUGCAUUUAUAGAAUCUGAGUCCGAGGUUUAUCCAUUAGAGGUUAGGGUAUAGUAUCAUACUCCAAACUCGGUUUAAUUCAUUGUCUAAAUAAUAAAUAUAGAUAUCUCACUAGUAAUACGUGAAGUAUAAUCCAGGAAUACACCAGUCCCCUCCUAUAUUAUAUAUAUAUAUAUAUAUAUAUAUAUAUAUAUAUAUAUAUAUAUAUAUAUAUAUAUUUCCCAGGCAACUAAUUAAUUAUGUUUGUCUAGCUGCAUGCCUAGCAAUUAUCAACCAAAACAACCCAAUUUGGAUACCAUCCGAAAAUGCAAAAAACAAACAAUCCAGCAGUAUCUCUUCAACCGAUCGAACUGUGCCGGCAAAGAAUAUGUCGUAUAAUCAAUUAAAAGUGGUAUUCCAAAUAAUCCAUCCAGUCCUAAUUUUUUUUUUUUGGUAAAUACCCUUAUAAUUUAUUAUUCUCAAAUGAAUACGAACACAAUGAACUAGGCCUUUAAAGUCGCCAUAGUCAGGGUGCAUAUCCGCCAAAUCGGUUCAAAUAUUUACGACCUCCAAUAUUAAUUAAUAGUUAGUUUAAUCACAUGUUAAGUUGAGCCUAUGUAUGCAAAUUUCGAACCCAGAUUUGACUUUCAUUUCUAGGGAUAUCUAAGAACGUCAAUCUAGCUACUGUGAGCUAAAAUUUGCUGAGGGCGACAAUAAAGAGUAAAUAUAUACUUGCACUAAUAAACCACAACAGCGUAAAUAUAUCCCAGGUAAGAUGAAAUUGGAUGCAGAGUCUCCAGAGCUUAUUCAAACAACUUUCUUAGACCAAUUCAGAUCGAUAAUAUUAAUAAUGAAAUAAACUAUGACUAUUCUCAAACAUAACAACAAGAAUUGACACCAAGGAUUUAUGUGGUAUACCCUUGAUUUUGGACCAGUUCACGAGAACAACAACUCCGAAAUACUUCUUCCCUAUAACAAUAGUAGGUUAAAGAGAUUUUCAAGGUACAAAGAAAUAGAACACAUGUUGUUUCUCAAACAAUCUGACUAUUUCAUUCACAAAAAAAAUCUUAUGUUUACCCCUGCUAGUGAAAACGUUCCACAAAUCAAAACCCACAAAAAAAAAUACGAACAGGAUAAGAGCAAGAAACAUGGGAGGGUUCUUCCAGGCCCGGCCCAGGCCCUGUGCUGGUCAGACCCACAGCACAGGGCCUCAACUUUUCGGGGGCCUCAUAAGUCACAAUCCAUUAAAUCGGGAAUUCGGAGGCAGAUCGGACUUGGGCUUCGACGUGGGCCUCAUAAUCGCAGGCGGAGCAGACCCCUUGGGCUUGCAAAGCGGCCCACAUAAAAACAGACAUGCACAAGAGUAUCUUGUGACGGGAUGGAGAAUCAAACCGUUGACCUCCAUUUCAUUAAAAAGAGAAUCAACCACUUAGCUCAAAGUCAUUUGAUGAAACAAAAUUAACAAUAAAGAUCUUUAACGUCU